CCCCCCGGUGCGCGCGCCCUUCCCGCCCGCGCGGGGCCAUGUCCCGCGGGCGCUGCCCGCACCUGCUCUGGGACGUGCGGAAGCGGACCCUGGGGCUGGAGGAGCCCGGAUUGCUGCGCAGGCACUACCUCGGGAGAAGAGAAUUUAUCCAAAGAUUAAAACUUGAAGCAACCUUGAAUGUGCAUGAUGGAUGUGUGAAUACAAUUUGCUGGAAUGAUACAGGAGAAUAUAUCUUAUCUGGUUCAGAUGACACUAACCUGGUCAUUACUAACCCCUACAGCAGAAAGGUUCUCACAACGAUUCGCUCAGGACACAGGGCCAAUAUUUUCAGCGCAAAGUUCCUGCCAUGCACCAAUGACAAACAGAUUGUUUCUUGUUCCGGAGACGGAGUCAUUUUCUACACGAAUGUUGAACAGGAUGCAGAGACCAACAGGCAAUGCCAGUACACCUGCCACUAUGGGACUACCUACGAGGUUAUGACAGUACCAAAUGAUCCCUACACUUUCCUCUCUUGUGGUGAGGAUGGCACCGUGAGAUGGUUUGAUACUCGCAUCAAAACAAGUUGCACAAAGGAAGAUUGUAAAGACGAUAUUUUAAUAAACUGCCGUCGUGCUGCCACCUCUGUUGCUAUCUGUCCACCCAUCCCCUACUACCUGGCUGUAGGCUGUUCUGACAGCUCAGUGAGGAUCUAUGACAGGAGAAUGCUUGGCACAAGGGCAACAGGGAAUUAUGCUGGCAGGGGCACUGUUGGAAUGGUGGCACGUUUUGUCCCUCCUCAUCUCAACAACAAAUCCUGCAGGGUAACAUCCCUGUGUUACAGUGAAGAUGGCCAAGAGAUCCUUGUGAGCUACUCCUCAGAUUACAUUUACUUGUUUGAUCCUAAGGAUGACACAGCACGAGAACUUAAAGUCCCUUCUGCAGAAGAGAGAAGGGAAGAGUUACGUCAGCCUCCCGUUAAACGUCUGCGGCUCAGAGGGGAUUGGUCAGACACUGGGCCAAGAGCAAGGCCUGAGAGUGAGAGAGAGAGAGAUGGGGAGCAGAGUCCCAAUGUCUCUUUGAUGCAGAGGAUGUCAGACAUGCUGUCAAGGUGGUUUGAAGAAGCCAGUGAAGUUGCACAGAGCAAUCGAGGACGAGGAAGAUCACGGUCCAGAGGUGGGACUAAUCGGACUGAUGCUCCUGCUGCUAAUAACAUGGCACCUAGUAGAGAAUCAGAAACUGCAAUGGAAGUGGAUGGUUCUGAACAGCUUCCAUCAUCUUCCUCUUCUACCAUGUCAGCUCAAGCUCCUUCAACAUCAUCUUCGACAGAAAGUCCCCCUUCAACUUCAUUGCUGUCCUCUCCUGAUAAUGAGCAAAGGCCUUCUUUUGGGGCCUCAACUCAGCCUGUGCUGCAUCAGUCUGAGUUAAUGGGACCCGAGUUAGCAAUAAUCCGUAGGGGCCUGCAGCGACUGAGGCUUAAGAAGGCAGAGCAGCAGAGACAGCGAGAGCUGGCUGAGGGUUCUGCACCACAGCCCUCCUCUUCUGAGCAGGCCACCCCUAAGGGCUCCUCACAGGACCCUCAGGCAGCAGAUUCUCCUUCUUCAGUGGUUAACAAACAGCUUGGAUCCAUGUCACUUGAUGAGCCACAGGAGAGUGAUAAGCCACGAACAGGAACAGGUGAACCAGUUUUAAGUUUGCACUACAGUACAGAAGGAACAACUACAAGCACAAUAAAACUGGACUUCACUGAUGAGUGGAGCAGCACAAAUUCAAGCUCUAGAGGGAGUGGAAGUCAUUGCAAAACUGAAGGCCAAGAAGACUCUGUAAAAACAAAAGCUUUGGAUGAGUCAGGGCCUGAUGGGGAAGAAACAAGGGUUCCUGAUGAAUCUGUCAAGGAAGAUGCAAGUGCUGAAGAGCUGAAAAAUACAGAUGAAGCUGUAGAGACAACAGAAGCAACAGUAUCUGAUAAACCUGCUCCUGAGCACUCUGGAAUUCAAGCAGAAACAAAUGGCCCCAGUGCUGAUGCUGUCCCUGGGAGCGCAGAGGAAGAAGCCUCCUGUGAAGAGGGUGCGCACCAAGACAUUUGCAGUCAGAGCCCUGAGCCCACUGCCACCACCCUGCUGGCCAGCAAGGAGCCUCAGUCCCAGCUGGAAUCCUUCAGGCUCGUGGCCCCAGAGGAGGCCUCCACCAGGAGCUCGGCCCUGCAGGAGACCGACGACAGCGAUGACGACCCCGUCCUCAUCCCGGGGGCCAGGUAUCGAGGAGGCCCUGGGCACAGACGAUCCGCUGUCGCCCGCAUCCAGGAGCUCUUCAGGAGGAGGAAGGAGAGGAAGGAGAUGGAGGAACUGGAAACGCUCAACAUCAGGCGCCCCUUGAUAAAGAUGGUUUAUAAAGGUCACCGCAACUCCCGGACCAUGAUAAAGGAAGCCAACUUUUGGGGAUCCAACUUUGUCAUGAGUGGCUCAGACUGUGGCCACAUUUUCAUCUGGGACCGCCACACUGCUGAGCACCUCAUGCUGCUGGAGGCUGACAACCACGUGGUGAACUGCCUGCAGCCUCACCCCUUCGACCCCAUUCUGGCCUCUUCGGGUAUUGAUUAUGACAUAAAAAUUUGGUCACCACUGGAAGAAUCCAAGAUUUUUAACAGGAAACUUGCAGAUGAGGUUAUAACUCGUAAUGAAUUAAUGCUGGAGGAGACCAGAAACACCAUCACUGUUCCAGCCUCCUUCAUGCUCCGAAUGUUGGCUUCGUUGAAUCACAUAAGAGCAGACCGAUUGGAAGGCGACAGAUCAGAAGGUUCUGGCCAGGAGAAUGAAAACGAAGAUGAAGAGUAACCAACAGUUGUGUGUGAGCACCUGGAAGUCAAUGAAAUUUGUAUAAGACAUUAAUUAUAUUUUUCCUUACAGAGCUUUAGUGCAAUUCUGAGGUAUUGCUUUUGGAUAACCUAACCUUUUGUUUUUUUGAAUGACUGUGUGCAUGACUUGGGGAGAGUGUGCAAGUUAAAAUAAACACAAAUGUUUUUAAAAUGUUUUGCCAUGUAUGAGGGGUGCUAGAAGAUGCCAAGUGCAAUAUUUUCCUUAAACAGCAAAUGUGGGAGCUUGGAUCAAUGUUUUAAAGUAACUUUCAUGAUAGUAAAAACGUUGGUUCAAAUAAAUUUCUAUACCUGCUGUUUGCAUGUUUGUUGCUUUCUAAUUAAAAGAUUUGGUUGUUUUAA